AAUUAAUUUUAAAUUACGUGCAUAUAUACUCGGUGUGUGUAUAUAUACGACUUUCGGCCUUUCCGUUGCAACAAGCAGCACUUCACUUCUUCGUUCUCUUUUGAUCCAAUACCAGGUAGUUGUCAGUUGUCCAUGGAGCUCAAUACUGUUAGAGAUGCAUUUGACCGAGUUGCUAAGAAGCAAAAGUUGUCUUCAUCAAAGUCGCGAGAAGUAAUCGACCAAGUUGGUCAUGAAAUUGAACAGACAGUCAUGAGUAUGCAGUCAACUCAAGACUCCAGCACUUCUGUUGAUCAGAAGUCCAUACUUGUGGCACUUAAAACCAAACUGAACACUAUUAGCCCACAGACUCAGCUAGAAGGAUCACAGAAGGAGCUAAACGUAAACCUUAGCAAGUGCUCAAAAGUCCUUGAGAAAGUUUUUAAUCCUGACAUAUCAAAGGCAUACAGAAACGUUGACUUUGACCUUCACAUACUGAAUCAGAUAAUUGCAAAUCAUUUUUAUCGUGAAGGUCUGUUUGAUACAGCUGACUGCUUGAUAAAAGAAGCUGGGGAACCAGAGGCCAUCUCCUUAAAAUGUCAGUUUGUCGAGAUGCAUCAGAUAAUUGAAGCUGUUAGGUCUAGAAACCUCGAGCCUGCUAUAAACUGGGCCACUGCUAACCGUGAAAAGCUUACGCAAGUUGGUUGUAAUCUUGAGUUAAAGCUUCAUACACUAUGUUUUGUGGAGAUCUUGCAGAAAAAGUCCCGAAGCGAAGCACUUAAUUAUGCCAGAACUUACCUUGCUCCUUUUGCUUCUGUUCACAUGUAUGAAGUUCAGAAGCUUAUGGGUUGCCUCCUCUGGGCAGGAAAGCUUGAUAAAUCCCCUUAUUCUGAUAUUACAGAUGUAACCCAUUGGGAGAAGCUGGUUGACGAACUAAUCCAGCAUUUCUGCAGCUUUAUGGGGCAAUCUAGCAGCAGCGCUUUGCGUGUUGCAAUAGCGGCUGGAGUUGAAGGGUUGCCUACCCUACUAAAGUUGGCUAAUGUAAUGGCGGUAAAGAAACAGGAGUGGCAGGCGAUGAAACAAUUACCAGUGCCAGUGGAUUUGGGAAAGGAGUUUCAGUUCCACUCAAUCUUUGUUUGCCCAGUUAGUAGGGACCAGAGCAGCGAUGAAAAUCCCCCUAUGCUGCUGCCAUGCGGGCACGUGCUAUGCAACCAGUCAAUUGUGAAGAUGUCAAGAAAGGGCACAAGGGCAUUUAAAUGUCCAUACUGCCCUCAGGAAGCUUCAGUAGCGGAUUGCAGGCAACUGUAUCUAUAAACAAGUCCAAGUAGCUUUUGCUUAUACUCUUAUGUUCAGUGACAAUGCUGCUUUCGGUAAUUAUCAGAACUAUGUCUAGUGAUUAUCAUAUAUGUUGAUUUUGAAUUCUCUGUGGCACAGUCUAUAGCAUUCGAUUUUAAUACCUUUAAUGCUAGUUUUAUAAUAUUUAAAUUGUUAGAUAUAUGGUGAUGCA